AUGACUUCGACGCAGGAAGGCGAGACGAUAGAGGAAGAGAGAUUGAAGGUGGAAGAUCUCCAACAGAGCAAACUGGAAGACGACAGCAGAAUGCAUGAAGACGGCUUGCGAGAGGACCGACUGGCAGAGGACGACAUCCAGGUAGACGGCAUGAACGACGAUCGCACACAAGAAGAGGCACUCCACGACGCAAGGAUGGAUGAACGACUGGAGCACGAGAGACUGGAACACGAGAGUUUGGAACACGAGAGUCUAGAACAUGAGAGAUUGGACGAGGAGCGCAUUCCGACUUAUCCUUCCCCUUUGCCAGAGGAGCGACUCCAGGAAGCCGAUCGAAUGCAAAACUAUCCUUCACCUUCGGCCGAGGCUCAAGACAGCGGCCCUUACUAUCACGCGGAUACGCGGGACGAUGAACACCAAGACCAGCAGCAGCCGCCGCCCACGCCACAGCAGCCGUCGUCACACUCCGCCAGUGUGGAGGAGUUGCAGUUGGCUGCCCAGCUUGGCCAGGAUCUUGCAGCAGAGCCCCUGAUGCACGUCACAGAUCCUGGCAUCAAUGUCGAAGAUCCAAGUCUUCGUAGCAUCAUGCCCAAUCCUCAUUCCCAUUCUCAUUCGGAGCAACCUCAACCCCAACAACAGCAGGCACAGGCACAGGCACAGGCCCCAACCCCGGCCCAGACACAAACACAGACGCAACCGCAGACGCAAGCUCAAACACAGGCUCAGCAGCACCAACACCAACACCAGCAGCAGCAACAGCACCCUCAUCAGCCCCCUCCCCUCCCGCCUGCCUCUCGUUCUUACGUGCCCGAGGAAGCAUUGCCCGAGUCCCUACAGCAGCACAUGCCUAUGUCCAUGCCCAUGGACCAUCAUCAUCUUGCUCAGCCAUACGCCCUUGGUGAUAGUACCCCGCCUAGAAAACGGUCCAAGGUAUCUCGCGCGUGUGACGAGUGCCGGAGAAAGAAGGUCAAAUGUGAUGCCCAGUCAGAUGCUGGAGACAGCCCAUGCUCCAACUGCAAGCGGUCUGGCAUCCGCUGCAUGUUCAGCCGUGUUCCUCAGAAGCGCGGCCCAAGCAAGGGAUACAUCAAAGAACUUGCCGACAGGAUCAACAGCAUUGAGGGCAAGUUGGAGAUCCAAAGUGAGUCAUUGCCACCCGAGUCAAUGGUAAACUGGACUUCUGCGGCAGCAAUGCUUAACUCCCUGUCAGGCCCUGGUGAGGACACCAGCCGGAAACGACCAUUCUCCAGCAUCUCCAGUACCGACCUCUCUACCCCAGCGCCACAAAGACAGGUCGCCUGGGGCAGCGACCCUCGUCCGCUUCAGCCUAUAACAACACCGUCUGAUCGUUACCAGCCAUCCCCCUUCGCCACCAAUGGCUUGGCACCUCAGCCUAUGGCUUUGCCUAUCAAGAAUGACAUGCAGCCGCGGCCCCCCGUUGCAUCAAUGGAUGGCCCUGUGGCCGACAUGCCUGAUAUCGACCAGGCGCGGGAUGUGGACGAAGAGGUUUUCAACGGCUACCUCACUAUGAUCCAUCCUUACUUUCCAUUCCUGCCGAGCAGCAGGGCGCUAAUCCAAGAAUAUCUGGCCCAGUGCCCCGGUCUUCUGCGGGAAGCAUUCGUAGAGGCUCUGUCGGGAACCAUCCACUCAUUCCCUUCUUUUCAGUCGGGCACCCCUGGAGACGUACGCCUUGCCCAUACGCUCUUAGUAGAAUGGGAGGCUAGCGAUUCGACCUCUCGGACUGCUGUUGCCAACCUCGUUUUCCUUCAGACACUUCUCCUCAUGAUUAUCGAGGCUGAUAUUCGACCACUGGGUUCCAUCGGCGCACCCAAGGAAUCCCUUUUGGGUAGGGCGGUAGCGAGCGCCAAUACCCUGAAGCUGUACCAGGCCAAGGCAGAUCUUUCCGAGGCUGAAGUUGGCCCAGAUAACGAAAGCCAGCUUCGUGUCAGAAUUUGGUGGUCGUUGGUUUUGCUCGAUCGAUGGAAUGCUGUGGGUGCUGCAGUGCCUUCACUGAUCCGAGAUGAAAGCGUGGUUCUGGCACCUGGUCUAAAGGCAGUCAUUGGCGAAGUGCCGUACCUGCUGAUCCGUGCAUCUAAGUUCCUCAGUCGUGCAUCAUCCAUGAUUACCAACUUCCAAGAGCCCCUCAACUCAACCUUUGCGGACCGUAUGGUGGGUUCUUUCAUGGAUGCGUGGGUAGAAGACUUCCGCGAGGAUCUGCCUGCCCAUAUCGAGCCCGACACUUAUCCUGUUGUCCAUCUGGUCUAUUGGCACUGCCGCCUACUGGCGUAUCUACUCAACCCAUCUGCCAAGUCGACCGACGUCUUGUGGCCCAGUCAAGAGUUGAUCAACCUCCUGAUUGGCCAUUCACAGCUCAUCACGCCCUUGCACCAUCACUUUACAGUCCUUGCAGUGCUAACGCUAGUCGAGUUGGCAAAGGUGGACAAGACAAAAGAGGAGGCCACGAGGCUUCUUGGUGAAUUCCGAGAUUCUUCACUUCCCGCUUCCGUCUUUGAUGGACUGGUUCGGGACAAGAUUGCCGAUCACCUUCGUCCAUCUACCAACACUGCCGCAGCUCCACCUCCGUCGGCCAUGGAGGCAGCUGCGAGCCAAGGUCUGCAGCAUCUGGCGGAUUUGGCAACUCUUUCAUCAGCGGCCGUGGAAAAGACGGAGGAGGCACCCGCCUACCGCACUGCGCCCGGCUACGAAGAUAUGGGCUUCGACCCUCGGCCAUUACUGCUUGUCGGCUAUCUCAAUGUUGUCCGCGCAACUCAACAAGCAGCCUAG